CGUAGGCAGAACCAGUCUGUUGGAUUAAGAUAUUCAUAAAUUAAUAAUUUAUGGCAAACAGAUGUACAGAAUGCAUCUACUGUAAGAUGACAGAUUUUUAAAAAUAUAUUAAUCAGUGAUGCAAUAGUUAUUUUUAACAUUGAUAAAAAUAGUUUCGUAGCCUAGUAGGCUAAAUAUGUGUAUUAUAUAUAGAGAGACAGUCACUAUCCCGAAACUGCCGGUGCAAACUCAUGUCAAUGGCUGAACGCUCCACAGCCCUGAGCCCUGAAACACAGUGUCGUAUUCGGGCUGUACUGUACGGACAGUGUGUGGGAGAUGCCAUUGGACUAUUGACAGAAUUCUUGACCAAAGAAGAGGCUAAAAAAAAUGUUUAACUCAUAUGGAGACGUCACCAGUGACGGGCUGGACAAAUUUGGCCUAUGCUUGGUGCUUAUGGCCUUUGAGCAGGGAGGGAUCUUUAUCGUGCCACACCUCCUGCGACAUGGGACCUUUUAUUUUGUGGUCUCAUCUGAAGGAGCGCCCUAUACUUACUAUAAAACAGUGAAGAAAACCCUUGAGUACAAACACAAAGCCAUUGUAUGUGACCUCCAUCGAAAUCGGUGGAAGGAAGGAGACUGGACAGAUGAUUCAGACCAAAUGCUCCUCAUCUUGCUGUCAAUCACUGACAACAAUGGAGUGGUGAUUUAUAAAGAUGUUGCUCGUCGUCUGAAGGAUUGGAUGAGGGAGGGCAUUCCUGAGCUGGGGGACUCUGGGGGGCUGGGAAUCGGUCGAACCACACACACUGUCCUACACCACAAGAAUUACCUGGAGGAUCCACAUGGAACUUCAGAGUACGUAUGGAGAGAGAGUCAGUGUAACAUAGCACCGAAUGGCGCUGUGAUGAGAACCAGCGUCGUGGGGGUACAUCAGUUCGAGGACUUGGAACAGGUGGCCAAAAACGCUUCUGAUAUUGCAAGGAUAACACAUCAUGAUCAUAGAUGUCAGGCUUCUGCAGUUGCUGUUUCUGUUACCAUAGCUAUGAUGUUACAGAGAAAUAAGAGACAUCUUGACCGGAAAGGACAUUACCACAUCAACCUUCUAAUUCAGGAGGCUUAUGACAUUGCUGUCAGAUACAUCGUCAAAGAGGAACAAAAACAAGAGCUGCUGACCUAUAUGAAGUGUUCUGACAUCAAAUGGCUCAAGCUUGCAGAAGCAGGAAAAAUCGGCUACACAUUCAAAUCACUUGGCUCUGGUUUCUGGGCACUGAAACAAAAUGAUUUCCGCAAAGCAAUCACCAAAAUUGUAAUGGAGGGAGGUGAUGCAGAUACUAACGCCUGUGUAGCGGGUGCCCUGUUGGCUUGUAAGCUUGGAUUAGAGGCCAUCCCCUCGUCAUGGAGGGAUACGUUAUUACACAAGGAAUGGUUAGACCAACAGAUAUCAAGGUAUUUUACACUGAUGUGAUGAAUGAAGGAAGCAGAGAGAAAGAGGAAACACCUCAGUUAGAGACUAAUGCAUUGAGAGCUGGAACUCUUAUUUACGUGGAGUUUGAUUUAGCCAUCUAAUGAUUUAAUAUAGAUACUGUAUUCAUCAUAUUGAGCAUCCCGGGCACUAGGAAUACGGGGGAGGGGCACUUAUUUAGUCAAUUGUGUUGCAAUCUUUCCAGUGAAAUUUUGUCUUUGACAAAUGUUGAUAUAAAUAUUAAAUUGUAAAUGAGUUAUUGUUAUAUUUUUCUAUUUGACAGUUUAAUACACUUAAGUCUUAUUCAUCGAUUUAUUAUUUUAAAUUUUCAAAACAAGGUAGUAAAUUCACAAAAAUAUAAUAGGUAUUACUGGCAAGUCACACUGUAUUUAAAUGGAGAGGGGGGUUCUUAAUUUUUGAGAGUUAAAACAAGUUCUGGGGGUGCUUAUAGGGGUAGGGGCACUCAAUGGGAUGAAUUCAGUACUUGGCUAAAUAUGUCUUAAUUCUAGAUAACUAGAUAUGUUGAUGGUGCUACCGUGUGGGUGAGCACAGGUACCUACAGGUAUACAUAAAAGAAUUCAGAAUCUCAUCUGAGUGAUCAAAAGGAACGGUCAUUAGGAUUAUUUGAGGAUUUUUAACGGCGAAAAUUCAUUGGACAUUUAUGUAGACUUGAAUUUUAUAGUAUGUCCUAUUAAUCUAAAUUUAGAGCUCGCUAUUAUGGCACUUGAUCAAAUAACUGUACAAUUUACUGUACAAAUAACUGUACAUUAACUAAUGCAUUCUAAUCCAGACACAUUUUUAUGCUUUGUCGAAAAUAAUUAUUUUCAAUACAUAGAAAUUUGCAGAAUUAUAACCUUGUAGACAAAACUGAAAUGAUGGUUUGCUUAAUUAAUCUGACUCCACUGCCAUAAACUUAAAGAGCUCAAGUCAGAAAUGAGAUUUUUUUAAUACACUAAAUACAUUAAAAGGGCAUUUUGACGGUGGUUGACUAUUGUUUUAUUAGAUGCUUAUUUGUACUAUGUGUUAGGGCAUAUAUUUCCUGGAGAUGGAAAUUUUACUUUACAAGAUUUAUAUAAGAUUUUGUAUGAGAAACUUGUGUAUGAAUUUCAAAAAGUGUGAUAGCUGUACAUACUACUAGUAUCUGGGGUUUUCUUAGAUGCGUACAAUGCAUGUGUAUAUGUUGUUUAUAUUCAUAAUAUUUAAGAAAUAAAUUUUGUUUUUGAAAAUA